AUGGAGGCCGGGCUGCUGCUUGGGGCGCUGCUGUGUGCCUGGCUGCCGCCGGCCUUGUUGCCAUGGGGCGCCCAGGCGCAGCUCCCCGUCGGUGGGGAACUACCGCUCCUCAGCCGAGGCAGCGCCGCGGGAUCUCGCAGAGGGGGUGGCCGCGCCGCGGCGACGCAGGAGUUUGGAAUGGCAAUUCAGAAUGCUUCACCUACUACAAUAUCCUUAUCUUGGAACAGAAGAAUUCACAGUAUGAAAUGUGGGCCAUCUAAUUCAUUUACUUGUUUUAAUGGAGGUGAGUGUGUCUACAGAGAGCUGUGCAACUGCAGUCGGUUUAAUGCAACUGGACCAAGAUGCCAGACAGUGUAUAAUACAGGUGCUGAGAGAGAUCAUAUAUGCAGAACAUGGGGUCAAUAUAAUUUUGAAACUUUUGAUGGACUCUAUUAUUAUUUUUCUGGAAAAUCCACAUAUACGCUCGUGAGACACACUGAAUUAGAUGAACAGAGUUUUUCCAUACAGGUGAAUAAUGAUCCUGAGUGCCAUUCUUCUCCUUACUCCUGCAAAAGGUCCAUUAGUUUAUUUUUUUCUGGAGGUGAACAGAUAAAGAUGAGCAGUGAAGUCACCUAUAAAGGAUUUGGUUUACAGUUACCUUAUACUAUUGGAAACUUACACAUCCAGAAGCUAUCUGGAUACUUCCUAGUCAGGCACCAGUAUGCCUUUACUCUGGCUUGGGAUGGUGUGUCUGCAGUGUAUAUAAAAAUGGCACCAGAGUACCUGGGCAAAACACAUGGACUGUGUGGAAACAAUAAUGCUGUCCUGCAGGAUGAUCUUGAAACUAGUUAUGGAAAACUGACAGAUGAUGUAACAGAAUUCGCAGAGAGCUGGCAGGAAAAUCCUCCAAAAGGAACACCCAAUUGGGAUAAAUCUCUUCUCAAUGUACCACCCUGCCUGACACAAAGUCAUGAAUCUCUGCAGAGGGCAUACGUUCUGUGUAAUACCCUAUUACAUUCUCCAUUUGAACAAUGUCAUGAAUAUGUGAGUCCUGUUCCUUUUAUGGCAAGCUGCACCAAUGAUCUUUGCAUGUCAGCAGCAGAUAAUGCAACUUGGUGUCGAGCACUAACUGAAUAUGCCAGAGCAUGUGCCCAGUCAGGAAAGCCACUUCAUGGAUGGCGAAUGCACUUUGAGCAGUGUGUGAUUACUUGUGCUGAACCCUUAACUUACAAUGAAUGCAUCAACUGUUGCCCUGUUUCAUGUCAUCAGCAGUCACAGUGCAUUGAUAGUGAGCUUCCCUGCGUUGAUGGAUGCUACUGUCCAGAUGGCUUAAUUUAUGAAAAUGAAUUGUGUGUCAAGCCUACAGACUGUCCUUGUGACUACCAUGGAAGUUUCUUUGAAACAGGUUCAGUGGUUUAUGAGGAAUGUAAUAACUGCACAUGCAUUGGAGGAAAAUGGAUUUGUACAAAUCUUACAUGUCCAGCUGAAUGCUCAGUUUCAGGAGACAUUCAUUUCAUCACCUUUGAUGGGCGUAAAUACACAUUCCAAGCUACCUGCCAGUAUAUUCUAGCCAAAAGCCGUACAUCUGGAGCAUUUACCAUAUCCUUGCAAAAUGCUCCUUGUGGACAGAACCAGGAUGGAUCGUGUAUCCAAUCAAUCAGCCUUGUCCUUAAGCAGGACCCCAAGAGGCAAGUGACUCUGACUCAUUCAGGAGAUGUUUUGGUAUAUGACCAAUACAAAAUUAACCUGCCUUAUGCAGAUGAGUUAUUUGAGAUACGGAAACUCUCUUCUGUGUUUCUUCAAGUCAAGACACACAUUGGAUUACAGAUAUUGUAUGACAGAGAAGGACUGAGGCUUUACCUGCAAGCAGAUGGACGGUGGAAAGAUGAUACUGUGGGCCUUUGUGGAACCUUCAAUGGAAAUACUGAGGAUGAUUUUUUAUCUCCAGUUGGAGUAACUGAAAGCACACCAGAGCUGUUUGGAAAUGCAUGGAAAACUUCAUCGGCGUGCAUUCUUUUGCAUGAUAGUUCACAAAUGGAUCCAUGUGAUAUUCAUCUGCAGGCAGCCUCUUAUGCAGCAGAAGCUUGUAGCAUCCUUACGAAAGAACUUUUUGCUCCAUGCUACCCCUAUUUGAGUCCUGUUCCCUAUUUUGAGCAGUGCAGAAGAGACACUUGCAAAUGUGGACAGCUUUGUUUUUGCUCUGCUCUGGCCCAUUAUGCUCAUCAUUGCCGAAGAUUUGGAGUUGUAAUAGAUUUCAGAGGAGGUGUCCCAGACUGUGCCCUUUCAUGUGAAGAUACAAAGGAGUACAGUACUUGUGUAUCUACUUGUGGCAGGACCUGCCAAGCUCUCUCUGUGCCAGAGACGUGCAGCAGUGAUUGUGUUGAAGGCUGUGCUUGUCCCUCUGGAAUGUAUUUGAAUUCCAAGACUGAUCAAUGUGUAAAGAGAAAUGAAUGCCCAUGCUAUUUUCAAGGAAUUGACUAUCCCCCUGGAGAAAAUGUUAUGACAUCUUUGGGCAAAUGCCAUUGCAGGGAUGGAGUAAUGAAUUGUGAUAACAACAUAAUAGCCCACAGCUGCCCAGUUGGACAGAUUUAUAUUAACUGCAGUAAUCCACAAGUUGAUUCUGAACUCAGCAGAGAGAGAACUUGUGAGAAUCAGCUGCUAAACCUUACAUUCUCAGCACACCUUCCUUGUGUUUCGGGUUGUGUCUGCCCACUGGGUCUUGUUAAACAUGGGGAUGUGUGCUUGAAAGCAGAUGAAUGUCCAUGUUCAUGGAAAGGAAAGGAGUACUUUCCAGGUGACAAAGUAAUUUCUUCCUGUCAUACAUGCAUUUGCCAGCAUGGAUCAUUUCAGUGCACCUUCCAUCCUUGCCCAUCGAUGUGCACUGCGUACGGGGACCGGCAUUACAGGACAUUCGAUGGACUAACGUUUGACUUUGUUGGAACUUGUAAGGUUUACCUAGUUAAGAGUACUACAUCAACCAGUUUUUCUGUAAUUAUAGAGAAUAUUAACUGCUUUAAUACUGGAAUCAUUUGCAGAAAAAGCAUUUUCAUUAAUGUUGGAAAAUCUUUUUUAAUAUUUGAUGAUGAAACUGGAAAUCCAAGCUUAUCUAGUCAUAUAGAUGAACUACAAAAAGUACAGUUAUGGAAAGCUGGAUUUUUCACAGUUGUUCAUUUUGCUGAAGAGCACAUCACCAUACUUUGGGAUCAAAGAACAACAGUUCAUGUACAGAUGGGUCAUCAGUGGCAGGGUGACUUGACUGGAUUAUGUGGAAAUUUUGAUUUGAAGACAGUAAAUGAAUUGAGGACUCCAGAUAAUUUUGAGUUAACAAAUUCACAAGAGUUUGGAAACAGCUGGACAGCUGUAGAGUGUGUUGACAGCUCUGACAUUCGAAAUCCAUGCAAUUUGAAUCCUCUUAGAGAGCCGUUUGCCAAGAAGGAAUGUGGAAUACUGCUAAGUGAAGCUUUUGAAGCUUGCCAUCCAGUGAUUGACGUCACCUGGUUUUAUUCAAACUGCUUGACAGAUACAUGUGGUUGUAACCAAGGAGGUGACUGUGAGUGUUUCUGUACAAGUGUAUCAGCAUAUGCCCAUCAGUGCUGCCAGCAUGGAGUUGCUGUAGACUGGAGGUCUCCGAGAGUGUGUCCUUAUGAUUGUGAAUAUUUCAACAAAGCUUUGGGAAAGGGCCCGUACAAACUGGUCAGUUGUUUGGAUGGAGAAUUUGUAAUGGCAGUGAAACUGGUAGACGGUGUUGUUUUUCCAGUGAGAGAAGAAGAUAUUGUUCCUGGACAUGAAGUGAGCUUUAUGCUGACUUCAGGACUUUAUAAACCCAAAGCACAUGAUUCCAACUUGAUUUCAUUUGAAACAGCUGAGAAACCAAACUACUUUCUUCACUUAACCUCCAAUAAUACUCUUGUUCUUUCUAAAUGGGAAAAAAACGAAGAGUUUCACAACAGAUCUACAUUUGUCAUUCACAAGAAUACAUGGCUUUCAGGAUACAGUUCCUUUGAGUCAUUUGCAAAACCUGGAUACUUCAUCCACAUUUCAGCCUCUUCAGUUGAGCUUUUGAAGUAUCAUCAUUCAGAGGAGUUCAGACUGUCGACCCUUUUUAAACUUAUAGAUGUCAAAUUUCUCUCUCGUUCUGCGUGUGAAUGGCAUUAUGAUGCCUGUGCAAGCCCCUGUUUCAAGACAUGCAGAGACCCUUCGGGAAAAGUCUGUCAGGCAGUACCGAAAGUGGAAGGAUGCAUCCCUGCCUGUCCUCUCAACAUGUUGCUGGAUGAAGUCACUCAAAGAUGCGUGUAUUUUGAAGACUGUAUUGAACCUGCAGACUAUAGUCCACCUUUACCACCCAGCAUUCGAACACCAGCAGUUUCACACAUAGCAUCAAGUACAAGUUUGGCAGUAAUCAGUGAAGCAGUAACUUCAGUUCCUGUACAUGAAGCAAAAGACGUGAAGACAACAUCUACGUCAAAACUGCAACUCACUGCAGCUACAGGGAAAACUGAAUUUUCAGCUGUUACUUCUAAUACAACACUGCCAACCAUAACUUUAUCAUCAACUGUUUCUUCACAGUCAACAAAAAUGACAUCUGGGGAAACCACUACAGCAGUGUCCAGGACAACAAAAUAUAAUAUAAGCUUGUCUUCUCUCGUUGAUGUUUCUCCAUCAUUUCCAUCUACUAUCAGUUCAGAAACUUCCACAAAGAUGCGACUGAUAAGUAGUGGUUCCACUAAACUGUUGAGGGCUACAGAGACAGUAACUGCUACACAUGCAGUGACUACGAGCACAGAAUCAGAAAAAAAAUCCAUUUCUAGUUUUAUUUUUACUGGGGCACCAUUUAUACUUAGAACAACAGACUUGCCAGUCAAAACUAAAAUAAUGGAAAUAUCAGAGAUAGCAAGAACGUUUCCCACAAAAGAACAAGUAAAACCAGAAGGACUUCCAGCAUUUACUUCCAGUUCAUUUGAGUCAAUAACAGAAAAAACUACUGCAUAUGUACCCCAGUUUUCCACACCACCACCUCUAGGCAUGACUUCAUAUACACCACCAGUAAACCUAACAGGAACUUCAGAAGAGACAAAAAUAAGUGUAGGACAGUCUUUUACCACAGUAGCCAGUGUUACUGUUCCUGUGAUCACUACUUUGCCUUUGUUAAAACCAACAUCUUCAGCAACAACAAAAGCAGCAGCUGUUUUAACUGAACAAAGUGUAAAGACUGCAUUUUCACGAACACCCACACCACCUGUUUCAUUAGGAAAGACUGUUAGAGAACCUCCUAUUCAAAUGAUUGAACACCUGACUCAUACUACAGGGGCACCUCUAAUUACAGCUCUAGGUUCACAGACGACAGCUCUGCAAACUCAAGAGAAGUCAUCAGAAACAACUUCAGUAUCAUCUACAAUUCAUGAAAAGGAAACUCCCAAGACAACAUCACAUGUAGAGCAUAUGUCAAGUUCCUAUUUCCCUCCAUAUUCACUACAUCCUAGUUCUACAACUGAAAAGUCCAUUGCUCGUUCUACAAAGAGUACUCUUCCUACUGCUGCUUCUCCAGCAUCAGGUGAAUUAAAAAAAACAUUUAAAACUGUUUCAACUACAGGAUAUCCCUCACACAUAGUUCUAAACACAACAGAGUUCUUGACUACAAUAAACACUAAAUAUCCUGUUGUGGCUGAGACUGUCAGAGUGACACCUUUGUCUGUUGAGAUAACAACCAAAAUAACAUCCCCUUUUGAAUUAGCAGUGAAGUCAACUUUGUUUUCUGGAAAAACAUCUACUGAAUAUGUGUCAGCUCUGGUUUCAAGUACAGAGAAGGCAAGCACUUCAUCAUAUUCAGGUAGUGUUAGCACAUCAUCCAUGGAAACCUAUAUCUCAUCAACAGAAACCACCAGAGGUCCUUUGGUAGCUACGGAAAGAGAGGCAGCUCAAAGAACAUCCAUCACUGGAUCUCCACUUCCUUUCCUUAGUGGAAUUGAAACCACAUUGAAGACAACACAGCCUGAUAAGUCACAAGUGGAAAGAGCUACUAGCAUCUCGAUUAGAAAGUCAUCUGCUUUCCCUUUUUCACCUUCAAGUUCUCUCUUGUCUUUAAACAUUUCUCUUCCUUCACAACCCUCACAUGGAAAAGAAGCAUCACUGACAGCUCUCAGACCCAUGCAUACGUCCGAUGAAAUGAUCUCUUUAUAUUCAAGAACAACUAGAGCAAAAUCCACUUUGCCAACAGAAGAGCCAUCUCCAGUCCUGACUUCCUCUACUUUAUCCACUGAAACAGAACAAUCAAGUCAAUUGCCAAUAACAACAGUAUCACAUGACACGUUGCCAGGCAAAACCAUUUUAAAUAUCACUUACGCCACAUUCUCUCCAUCCUCCAAAUUCAGCAGUCAGCUCAUAACAACCAAAAAAGUAAUGGCAGCCAGAGAAAGAUCAACUCUGUCCCCUUCUGUUGUACUUCCAGUAACAAAGUCUUCUUUCUCCACCUCUCAGUACCUAGCAGGUAAAUUGGUUUCUUCACCUUCUUUAACACAAGUUAUACCAGAAGUAAUAACCACACAAAAAUAUCCACUAGAAACUAAAAUAGUUUCUACAGCAUUGAAAUCUACAGUCCAGAGUAGAACAGACACAGUAAAAUUUACAGCAGUUACAGCUCAAUCUUCCUUUCCUCUGUCUUCAACAGGCCCCUUCUCUUGGCAGUCACCUUCAGGAGAUAAACUUUCAGUACAGACCACAAAGACCAUGGUUACACCACAUUUUUCUACUCAGAAGGCUAUAGAACUUGGUCGUCAGACUUCUGAGCCUUUGUUGACAGGGCAAAGCAGUGCCCUGAUUGACCAGUAUCCUGCAGAAACUGUAAAAAAAUCCACUGUUCAGCCACAACGUGCCUUGAGUACAACUGAAGCUGCAAUAGAAUUUACUUCCUCAAUCCCCUUAAUCACCUCACUGCCAGAAGGCAUUCAUUCAAGAAUAUCACCUACCUCAGAAGGUCCUACACAAGUUAUUUUACCAACGGAAAAGGAGUUGCAUUUAACUGAUUCGGUCACACAACCACAUAUAUCAAGAACUUCUGUUCUGCGAUCUACAGUCCCAAUUAGAACAACAGGUGGCUUGAUUUUUGGCACGAGAGUUCUCCCUUCCUCACCCGAAGUUCUUGCAUCUUCCUCUUCUUUAGACACAGCUAUAAAAGAAUCGUUUCCUUCAUUUUCCACACAAAAGACAGGUACUGGUCUAAAAUUCACAGGGCAGACCUCAUUUACUCCAUCACUUGGUUUGAGUCAAACACUUCAAACAAUGACAGCUUCAUCAGAAUCUAAGUCAACCUCUUCAUUGGUUUUGUUACCAGAAACAACAGAAAUUCCCAUUGUAAUGGGGAGUGGGCCGUCCACAUCAACAAGCAGAAGUGGUACAGAGAAAACUGCAGUGUUGCCUCAGCAAGUCACACUUUCAACAGCUGCCCACAGUCCCACAUUGUCAGCUGUGGCCCUUUCAUCAGCUGCAGCUUCAGUCUCUUCAAUGCUAAGCAGUACCAGGCAAAAUACUAGUAUUGUAUCAGCAGCUCCAGACAAAGUAGAAGCAGUAACAGAGCCCAUCACAAGCUCUGUGACACCCACCUAUUUUUCUGUUACUUCAGAAGCAAAAGGAGGCAUGCCCCUUGAUACAGCAAAACCUGAAAAGCCAGAAUUAACAACAGAAGUACAAGCUGUCCAUGCUCAAGGUGCUACUGUUACCCCAGAAAGCCCUCAGAUGUUUUAUUCUUUGUAUUUCACAAACACCACUGCAGUUCCUUCUAAUGUAUCAGUAUUGUCCACUGUAAGUUCAUCCUCUGAACCAAAACCUUUUUCUGCAGCUGUGUCAUCAGUCAGUACUACUCAGCCAUCAAAAUCUGAAAUAUCAUCUGAGGUGCAAACACCUUAUGCAAGUUCACUGCCAGUGGUAUCUGACCAUCCAAAUGAUACAGCAGCUCAGUCGGUUUCCUCAUUUGCCUAUUUAUCUACCAAACCACAUUAUGGCUUGACUACAACAUUUUCUGAUGGACUGGCAACAGCUGAAGCUGUGUCAGGAGUCACAGCAUCAGCUUUUAUGCUGCCUAGAGAAACAGUAACUCUGCAAACUUGUACACCAAUCACAGAGGAUGAGUGCAUAAAACACAUUUGCUUGGAUGGACAACUGGUCCAAGUUAAUAAGUCACAGAACUGUCCAUACAAUGCAACCCAACCCAGCUGUGGAGUUUUAGGAUUUGCUACUCAAAUGAAUGGUGACAAAUGCUGCCCAAAGUGGGAAUGUGCAUGUCGAUGCACGAUUUUCUCUGAUCUGAGCAUUAUAACCUAUGAUGGAAAUCAUCUGGCUUUAUUCAAAGAAGCAUCCUAUGUUGUUAGUCAAACUCAAGAUGAAACUAUAACCAUCCAUGUCCUUGACUGUAGAACGAGUGAUUCGAAUUCCACUUCCUUGUGCCUGGCAAUGUUGAAUCUAACCUAUGUAACAAACCAAAUUAUUAUCAAUCGUUUAAGUAGAAAAAUAACAGUAAAUUCAAGAUUUGCUUGGCCUACUAUUAGAAAAUACGGAUACAAAGUUGAGGAUUCAGGCUUCAAGUAUGCAGUUGAGACCCCAACAAAAAUCAGAAUUCAGUGGUUUCAUAACACAGGAGUGAUGAUUAUUGAGUUAAAUAGAACCAAGGAAUGGAAAGCUUUGGGACUAUGCGGUUUUUGUGAUAGAAGCUUGGAAAAUGACUUGAUGCUCCCCAACAGGACCGUUUUAAGCAAAAGCAGUGCUCCCUCGGCUUUUAUAGACAGCUGGCAAGUGCCAGACACGUUAAAGUAUGUUGGAGAAGACAGGCAUCAGGAAACUAAUUGCUCAGUCAUGGACUGCUCAGAGUGCUUAAGAAUGGUGUUGAACCAGACCUUCAGCAGCUGUCAUCCUUAUGUGCCACCUGAGCUAUUCUGUGAUAUAUGGGUUCAAGACAUUGAGUACAUUCGAAAUCCAUGCAUUUCACUAGCUGCCUAUGUGGCAAUGUGCAACAAAUUUAAUAUUUGCAUAGAAUGGAGAAGCUCUGAUUACUGCCCCUUCCCCUGCUCUGAAAACUUCUCCUAUCAGGCUUGUAUAGCUGCCUGUGAGGUUCCAGAUAGUUGUCAGAAUAACAAAGUUGCAACUCUGGACUCAGACUCCUGCUCAGUGCUGACAGAAGGCUGUGUCUGUGCUGGAGGGACCAUCCUUCACCGAGCUCACACUGCUGUCUGUAUUCCUGAAGAAAAAUGUGCUUGUACAGAUAGCUCAGGAGCACCUCAUGCAGUAGGUGAGAUCUGGAAAACUUCUUUAGGUGGAUGCUGUAUGCAAAAAUGUGUUGACAGUGAGACCAUUAUUCCAGUGGAGUACAACUGUACAGAUAUCCCAAAUUUAGACUGUCAGCGAUUUGCAGAAGUGGCCUUACUUGUUCCUGGUGAUCAGACAUGUUGUCCUCAGAAGAUCUGUAUUUGUAAUCAGAGCCUCUGUGAACCCCUAAUACCCAAGUGUAAUGGCUUGGAAAAGCUGGUCACUUACUACAAUGAAGAAUCCUGUUGUCCUCACUAUGUUUGCGAAUGUGAUCCAGCAAAAUGUGAACCAAUGGAGCAAAUGCCAAGUUGUCGAGAUGAUCAAACACUAAUUGCUGCUCGGGUGGAGAGUACCUGCUGUAUUUCCUAUAUAUGUGCAUGUGGGGCUUGCUCUGAUCAAAUACCCAAAUGUCAAGAAGGAGAAGUUCUUAUUGUGGAUGGCAACACUACAGAGAGGUGUUGCCCUACAUACCAGUGUACUUGUGAAAUACAUCGUUGUCCCGAGUUCAGAUGCAUGCUGGGCAUGUCUUUGGUGGAGGUGUGGAGCCCAGAGAAGUGCUGCCCCUUUCGGACUUGUGAAUGUGCAUGUGGAACAAUCCCCAAACCUCAGUGUGACCUGGGGCAGAAACUUCAGCUAGAUGAACAGUUCCAGAACAGUACAGAAAAUAUCUGUAACUGUGUUAAGUACAAAUGUGUGAGAGACAAAGUUUGCCUGAGUAAUGAGAGAGGUGUGCUGCUUCCUGGACAGACAAUUGUGGAACACAGUACAGAUGGCACUUGCCAUAUUUCUCACUGUACAGAUGUGAUUGACCCCUCCACUAAAUACUACCAAAUAAAUACAUCUUCAAUAGACUGUGCUGUCAAGUGCAAAGCUAACCAGGUCUAUCAGCCUCCAAAAGAUUUAACAACUUGCUGUGGUAGCUGUAAGAACACGUCUUGUCUCCACACUUUCAGCAAUGGCACAGUUUCCAAUUUUAAGCCUGGUACUGUUUGGAUUUCCAACUGCAUCAGAUACGAAUGCACUAAUACAGCAGUAGGACCAGUCCUGGUUUCCUCUUCGGUUGGCUGCCCACCCUUUAAUGAAACUGAGUGUGUGAAGGUUGGAGGCUAUGUUGUUCCAUUCUUAGAAGGAUGCUGCAAAACAUGUAAGGAAGAUGGAAAAUUCUGCAAAAAGGUGACUGUUAGGAUGACUAUCCGCAAGAAUGACUGCAGGAGUAACACACCAGUGAACAUUGUUUCAUGUGAUGGAAAGUGCCCAUCUGCAAGCAUUUACAACUACAACAUCAACACAUAUGCAAGGUUCUGCAAGUGCUGCAGGGAGCUCGGACUACAGAGACGAACUGUGCAAUUGUUUUGCACUAGUAAUUCAACCUGGGUCAGCUACUCAAUCCAAGAACCUACAGAUUGUUCUUGCCAAUGGUCUUAAAAACGAGCAAACAUGAAAGAAAACUGCAAGCCCAGCUGUUCCCAAUGUAUGAUAAUUUAAGUAGUUUAUCUAUUAAAAAUGCAAUACCCAAUCCAUUUAAUUUUACCAAUUUAAUGCUAAAAUACAAAAGAACUAAAAUUUUUUUUGUGUCUUCAAAAUUUCUUAAGAAUGGCUUUACAUAAUUUGUAUUGUGAUUUAUUUUCAUGUUCAUUUCACAGGGAUUGUUUGAAGAGUUGAUAUGUGCCAAUUUAAAAAAUUAAGUGAUUUGUGAGACACCUGAAAGAAAGAACACCUAUUUUGUUCAGGAAGGCUGGCCCACUCUUUGUCAGGCACCCAUUCCUAUUUUAAAUCAUUGGCUGAUGCACCUGGCAAAAGUUCACUAUUUUCAAUGCAUUGCAAUUGUGCAUGUGGUGCACAAUUCAGGGUUUGGAGAAUAUGAGAAGAAUUUUCAGUUUAAUUCAUAUUCCUAUUACGAAAUAGAGCAUGUAGGAGAAAUUCAAUUAAAAGAUUUCUAAGAUUCCUCUUUCUUUUUAUUUUUUUUUUUCCCAGGGUAACAUUGUCAAUACUAAUAGCUCUGUGUAACAUUCCUUGGUAAUAAUUUCAGUUUUUCUAGUGUAUUUUGUAUUGUAGUGAAAAGUAUUAUGGCAAACAUGUAAUGUAUGGAACCCAUAGUCUGUUCUCAGGCUAUCUAGGUGAGUCAGUAGUAGUUGCUUUAUCUUUCUGCUAAACAAUAUGACAUAAACUGAAAAUACACAGAUUUAACAAAUGAAAACAAUUUUAUCCUUUAUAUAGGUAUAUCUUAAAUGAAAACUUUCAGCUUAUGAAUUGCACCAUAUUUAACUUGUUUCUUUAGGAGAAUGAACUUUGUUUAACACUGAAUUUAAAAAUGUGAAAAUUCAUUAGGAAAAAGAAAGCCAGGAUUAUGUGUCUAUAUAAAAGAAAAAGUUUAAAAUCUUUGUCACCAGUGUAGUAGAAUGGAACUUCUUAUGGCAAGUGUUUGAUAUUAAAAAUGUACAAUUGUAAGGUUUGAAAUUUCAAAAGCAAUUUUGCUUAUGAACUUGAACAAUUAACAUUGUAUUGUAAUGAACUAAUAUUUUUCUUCUCUAAGUUAAUCUUGCUGUUCUAUUCUUUUCCAACAAAUGCCACCAAGAUUCAACAAAACUUCAGUAGCUUUAAUUUUGUAGAUUAAAAUGGUAGAUAGCAUGUAGUGAUACAUUUGAGAUCCUAGAAUAGAAAUAGGUAUCAGUGUAACUUCUUAAAAAGCUGCUUGUCUGCAGUUAAUCCAAAGAAAAACAUGUUGUUAAAAUCAGUCUUGUGAACAUUUUUAAUAUUAAUUUUGUAUACUGUACAUUUCAUUCUUACAACAUGUAAUAAACAACAGGAAGUAUUCUUUUGUUACAAUUAAUUUUGCUAUCAUUGUUAAAGCAGCUUACUCUUGUGAUUCAACACACAGUUUACUGUUUUCUUUUUCAGCAGUGCAGAUUGUUAAUUUUUGGGUUUGCUGCUGUCAUUAGUACUAAUGAUCUAAUACUACAUCAAGGAAGACAUGCAUAUGAAUUGUUGAAAAUAUACACCUUUU